UGUUGCAAAGAAAAUGGCACAUUGUAAUCCACAGGUUCUCCUGCUGUCAGUUCUGUUGACAGUCAUAUCAGCGUGCAAAGAGCACCCACCUAUGCCUGUGGUUGUUUCUCAAGAAGAAGAUGUAGUUCUCCCUUGUGCUGAUUCUAAUGUAAUGGAUCCAAAGAGCUGCCUCAGAUUCAAAUUGAUUAAUGCCACAAAUGCCAGUCGGAUGAGGGUUAUCUUUGCCAGGCCGGAAACGCCUGAAUUCCAGGAUGCCGAACGUGUAAAAUUGAAGGCUGAUGCAAAUGGACGAAUGUCUCUCACUCUGACAAAGUCACGAAAAUCUGAUGAGGGACUGUACAGAUGUGAAAUCUGGCAAGGCUGGGAAUGCAUUCUUGUGAAAAACAUAUCUUUAAGAGUAAGAGACUGCAAAGUGCUGACAGCAGUGACGGCAGCACCCAGCACACCCUUUAACCUGAACUGUCCAGUGGAAAUAACAUCAAAACAACAAGGACCCCAAAAUAUCUCCUGGGCAAUGCUAAUAGGAGGCAAGCCUGUACCUAACACCUCUAAAGGGGUUGUAGUUAAUGAGACCGCAUUAGCUUUCCAGUCUGUGAAUUACAGUGACAGUCAGUGGUACAGAUGUGAGUACAUGCUUGGACAAACUCGGUGCUGCUUUGACAUUAAGCUACUGGUUCAAGUGGAAGAUGUUGCUAUGACCACAACUGCUCCAGCACUGACAACACUGACAAGCACUGAGAUUAUUUCAGAACCCGAGAAAGAGGAGAGCAGUGGAGCAUUUAUUGCAGUGGUAGCUUCAGUCAUGAUUGGGAUUGCCAUAAUGGCUGCACUGAUAGGACUGUUCAUUUACCGCAGAUGUAACACCCCCAGAGUGCCACAGCAGACCCUGAGCUACCCAGGAGGUACUCUUGGUGGUUAUGAGAUUGUGAGUCUUACACUUUCAGAAGAUCGUUCAAACCGAGUCAACAGCAUAUACCAAGCAGUCCCGGAAGAAGGCCCGUGCACUUUCCGGUAUUAGUCUUUUUCAGUCUUCUCAAGACGAAGAUUUUCCUCGUUAAAUUGAGGUCCUCACUGUCUAAUCUGGACUACUUGAUCAAAACAUGUAACAUCUACUAACCUGUAAAGUGUUGCAGAGUGUGUUUUGUAUAAAGGAACAUGGAAAAAGUGUGCUCUACUGCAACAUGGAAAAGACUAGCCCCUGUUUUAAGAUGUUGAAAGGACUCUUCCUUAUUACCCUCUUUGUGCUAAUAUAUCUAAUCAUCAGUAUUAUUUUUUGUGAAAUGGAGACAUGUUUACAAUCUGUCAAUAAAACCUUUAAUCCAAUAUGAAUUCAUCUGUAGGGUGAUAAAUGAUCAUGACGAAGGAGCCAUACACAAGUAAUA